AUGUCCCGGAAGGCGAGCAUUCAAGCCACCAACAGACGCCAAACUGCUCGCACCUUAUGGGAAGACCUCCAAGUAGAUGGAUACAUCAGAUUCUAUCCAUAUGGAAUUGAAGUAAACCUUACUGUCAGUUCAAAGGAUACUUGCUUUACAUACCGGAGAUUCAUCCCUUACCCCCACACACAUUAG